GUGGCCAUGGAGCCCUGGUGCCGUGUCCCUCUGUGACAUGGGAGGGGACGCGUCCCCAGGCACCAGCGCUGCGCUGUCACCCUGCAGUGCGGCUCCGGCAGCGGCCAUGGCUGGAAAGCUCACCAAAAUCCUGCUGGUGCUGGCCAUCCUCCAGCACGGGCUGAGGGCACAUGCCCAGGCAGCGCAGACCAAGGCAGAGGUCCUGAGGCAGCAUGAGGAACAGCACAGCCGGAUGACUUGGCUGGCCAGAACUGGAAGGAUCACCCAAAUCCUGGUGCUGCUGGGCAUCCUCCAGUACGCAGUGAGGAUGGAUCUUCCAUCAGUGAAGGUCACAGAAGAGUUCAUGAAGCAACACGAGAAGGAGCGCACUGUGGAGAUGGCCCAGCUACUGGUGAUGGAGCAGAAGAUGCAAAAGCAGCCUGGAAUCACCCCAGGAAGAAUGCUCCUCUUGGCUUGCCAGGAGUGGUGGUUCUGGGUCAGUGCUGAAAUCCUCCUUGUGCUCUUUGGGAUCUACUGGCUGCCCAGGCAGAGGAGCUCUGAGUGUGACGAUGGCAGCCAAGGGGAAACCUCCACCAGUGCCCAGGAGCAGAUAGAGGAGGAAGAGGAGAACAGUGAGGAUAAUCCUGACACUUAUGACAUGCCAGAGAAGCCCCCAGAUAAGAGCUGGGCACUGUGGAGGAUCUGGAGGCGAGACACCCCUGUGGCUGUGGAGAGCAGCGACCAGAAAACAUGCUGUGCUACCUCCCCUCCCGGCUGAGCAGACAAACAAGAGUCCACAUCUCCACUUCCUGUGCAGCCCCUGCAAAUAGUCCCAGUUUUGAUGCUACCCCUGCCAGGAAGUGUGGAAUGCUUUGUAAAUACAUUCAUAAAAUUGUUUAUUUGUUUUAAUAAAUCCUGUUUGA